AUGGCUACCCCCAGUGUCCUCACUUUUGAUGCUGAGGGCCGUGCCGUUGACUUUGAGGUCUGGGUCGAUGACCUCCAGCUGUUUCUCCAGUGCGAUAGGGCAGACGGCCUCUCCCUGUUUGACCUCACUUCUGGUGCCUCUCCUGCCCCUGCUGCUGAUGCUGUCGCCACAGUUCGCUCACAGUGGGCCACGCGCGAUGCUGCUGUCCGCCUUGCUGUGCGCCGUCACUUACCGACCACUGAGCAUGCACACUUUAGCCAGCACAAGAGUGCUCAGACCUUGUACAACGCUGUAGUUGCACGCAACUCUUCCCCUGCCACUGCUGCACUUAGCCACCUCAUGCUACUGUACCUCUUCCCUGACCUUGCUGCCUUUCCCACAGUCGCUGACCUCAAUACGCACCUCCACACUAGUGACACUCGCUACCGCGCUGCGCUUCCUGCUGAGUUCUGCGCCAAGAACCCCCCCCCCCCCCCCCCCCCCAUGUACAUCACCCUCUACUACAUAGUCACCUGGCUCCUUGACUCGCUCCGCGUAGUCAGGGACCACUUCCUCUCUGUUUGCCCCACCACUCUCACCGUUGACCUCCUCGAGAAGGCCCUCCUAGCGAUAGAGAAGAGCAUAGUCACUGUAGGAGCCUCUCGUGGUGACCCUCGAACCUCCGUCUUUAAGGGGUGUUCUCCCUCCCCCCUCUUGCCCUCUGUUGCCUCUGCUGCUGCGGCCGACCUCGUUGGUUUCGAGUCGGUCGGCGCUGCGUCUGCCCCGAGCGGGAAACGCCGCACCGGUAGGGGCAAGGGGGGCAAGGGCACUGGAGGGGCUGGAGGGGGCGGUGGAGGUGGUGGUGGAGGCAGUGGAGGGAGUGGGUGUGGUGGUGGGAGUGGUGCCGGGGGUGGCGGUGGCGGCGGCAGCAGUGGAGGAGGCGGAGGCGGUGGAGGUGGCGGAGGGAGCGGAGGCGGCGGAGGUGGCGGAGGAGGCGGAGGUGGAGGAGGCGGCGGAGGCGGCGGCGGUGGCGGCGGCGGUGGUGGAGCGGGUCGCGACUCUGCGCAGAGGAGUGGCUCAAUUGGUGGUCCGCGCCAGCAGCAGCGGAGUGGUGCCGGGGUUGCUAUCUUUGAUCUUGAUUUUGAUGCUAUUCUUGCUGCCAUGUAUGCUGUUGAUACUAGUGUUGCGGGUGACUGUUACCUGUGUGUACUGCCUGACCCGGGCAUUGAGGCAGCUGCUCUAGGUGCUGUUGAGGUUGGUGCUCUAGGUGCUGUUGAGGCUAGUGCUCUAGGUGCUAGUGCGUCUGCUGCCCCAGGUGCCAGUGCGUCUGCUGCCCCUGGUGCUGGUGAGUCUGCUCUCUCAGGUACUACGUCGGCUCAGGCCUUCCACACCUUCACCCUGGACUCGGGUGCGUCCCGCUCCUUCUUUCGAGACCGCACCACUCUUACGCCGCUCAGUCGGCCGGUUGCAGUCUCCCUAGCAGACCCCUCUGGGGGUCCUGUCCUUGCUAGCUUCUCCACUGUCCUACUGGCCCGGCAGCCCCCUCUGGCACCCUGUCUGGUCUCUACCUCCCCUCGUUCUCUACGAACUUGGUGA